GAAACCCUUUAUUUAUUUAUUUCUGUUAUAUAUUUGGACAGUAGUCCAAAGUGAUGUUCUGAAUAGAAACUACAGUAAUAGAUCCAAUAUUACAGGGGGCAUUAAGAACACUGAAUCAACGAUAAUCAAGAUGGAAAACUCUAAGAAACGCCUUCUCGUUAUUGUAAUCGGUGUGAUGAUUAUAGGUUUUGUCUUCAGCUGUUUCUGUUUGCUCCACUAUAACUGUAUGGCCGAUGAAGUUCUGAAGUCAGGAGUGAUCAAGAAAGAUUGUUUAAUAACUUCAUCAUCCAAAAUUAUAUCUGCUCGAUCCCAGACAAACAGUGUGUAUGGUCCAGAAAAUCAAGCCUUGCUGUCUAGUUUUGACAAGUUCGCUGGGUUUCCAGCUCUAGAAAAGUUUUCACUUCCAACAUCCAAUAUAGAAAAGUUGAUCUGGCUAAGUCUAGAAAAGCCAUUCUUAAUAUCUAGUUCAGAGAUGUUUAACAAUCCAUUGAAUCUGGAAAAGCCAUCUAGUCCAAAGAAAGAAUAUAUAGAAUGCCAUCUGCUUAAGGGACAUGGUCAAAAGAAAAAGUCACAUAAGUCAGCCCGCACUAGAAAGUCAGCCCGGAAGUCAGCCCAGGCCCGGAAUUCAGCCAGUUCUCCCCAUCUAAAAAGAGCAGCUAUGGCAACCCUGUCAGAAAGUGGACAAUACUUAGAGAGUGGACAAUACGUAGACAAGUCAACCAGAUCCUCUUGUCCACUAAGUCUCACCUGGCCACUCACAGUUGCCAAACUACAGAAAUGGACAAACCGUAGCCCCUUGAAAAGAUCAGAUAAGCCCAAGAUAAACAAACCAUGCAGAUGCUACAAGGAGAAAUGUCUUGUGUGUAGCUUUUCUGAGCCUUUGCUCAAUGAUACUUCUGAGGCCAAGGAGAAUAAUGCUCAAACUUCACUUUUCUCAAGUCAAGUGCAAUCCUUUUCGGGAUCCAUUUACAGGGUAGGUUGUGAGGAUAGUGUAACCCCUUAUUACGACAUAAGCGACAGUGAUAUGAUGGCAUUUAACAGUAAUGAUGAAAGUGACAAAGAGAUAACCAUUAUUUGCAAAGUAAAUCGUGAGGCCAUUAUCCAAAAACGCACUCAAAGUAAGGAGAGGAAGCGUUUAAUUAAAAAUAAAAAACAACCAUGAAGAAGGAAAUUUAUGCCAACUAUGUUGUACUCACCAUCUAGAGACCAAAAGUGAGAAAAAAAUCCAUUAGCAACUACUAAUGAGACUGUUCUUAUCCAUCUUAAAAGAAAUUGAUUUGAACAAGUCAUUAAAUGGCAUAACAAAUGC